UUUUGUUGGCUGCUUGGCCCCGCCCCCCUCUGCGUGAGCAAGCCCCGCCCCCGACUGUGUCUCUUGCUCUCCCGGCGGCCCCUCCCAUCUGUUUGUUUAGUCCCUGUUCCCUUCUCCCCUCUCGCUGCGUGCCCGGCCCCAGCCCGCUCGCACCGCUGUCUCCCCCGUCCCCGCCGAGCCUCCGGCUCUGUGGUGCCGGGCUGGCGCCCAAGAUGGCGUCCAUCAUGGAGGGGCCGCUGAGCAAAUGGACCAACGUGAUGAAGGGCUGGCAGUACCGCUGGUUCGUGCUGGACUAUAACGCGGGGCUGCUCUCCUACUACACGUCGAAGGACAAAAUGAUGAGAGGAUCACGAAGAGGGUGUGUUCGACUCAGAGGAGCUGUGAUUGGUAUAGACGAUGAGGACGACAGUACCUUCACAAUAACUGUUGAUCAGAAAACCUUCCAUUUCCAGGCUCGAGAUGCUGAUGAGAGAGAGAAGUGGAUUCAUGCUUUAGAGGAAACAAUUCUCCGUCAUACUCUUCAGCUUCAGGGUGUGGAUUCAGGAUUUGUUCCCAGUGUUCAGGAUUUUGAUAAGAAACUUACAGAGGCUGAUGCUUAUUUGCAGAUCUUGAUAGACCAAUUAAAGCUAUUUGAUGAGAAGCUUCAGCACUGCAUAGAUGAUGAACAGAGAAAAAAAAUUGAAAAUCUCAAAGAAACAACCAAUAGUAUGGUAGAAUCAAUAAAACACUGCAUUGUGUUGCUGCAGAUUGCUAAAGACCAAAGUAAUGAGGAGAAGCACGCAGAUGGACUUAUAAGUACUAUUAACCCUGUUGAUGCAGUAUAUCAGCCUAGUCCUUUGGAACCUACAGUGAUCACUACAAUGCCCACCCAGACUGUCUUACCUCCAGAGUCUGCUCAGUCGUUGAAAUCAGAGCAGCGACCUUCGUCCUUGGCAGUUGGGCCUGUAGUAACAUCACUAGGAAACCAUCAGAUUCCAACACCAAAUAGUACAGGAAGUGGGCAGUCGGCACCCAGCAGCAGUUUAACCUCUCCGAGCCACGUCAAUCUGUCUCCAAAUACAGUUCCAGAUUUUUCUUACUCCAGCAGUGAAGAUGAGUUCUAUGAUGCUGAUGAAUUCUAUCAGAACAGUUCUUCCCCAAAGCGAUGCAUUGACUCCUCAGGAUCUGCAGCAGUCCUGACUCGCAGCAGCACAGGAAGUAGUUUGAAACGCCCAGACACCACAGAAUCCCUUAAUUCUUCCAUGUCUAAUGGGACAAAUGAUGCUGAUCUCUUUGAUCCUCUUGAUGAUAGAGAUGAUGAUGGUGAAGGAGAGUCAGUGGAAGAACAUAAGAGUGUUAUUAUGCAUCUUUUAUCACAGGUUAGACUAGGAAUGGAUCUAACAAAGGUGGUUCUCCCAACUUUUAUUCUGGAAAGAAGAUCACUUUUGGAAAUGUAUGCUGACUUUUUUGCACAUCCAGACUUAUUUGUGAGUAUUAGUGACCAAAAGGAUCCAAAGGACCGAAUGGUUCAAGUGGUUAGAUGGUACCUCUCAGCUUUUCAUGCGGGAAGGAAAGGAUCUGUUGCAAAAAAGCCUUACAAUCCCAUUUUGGGUGAGAUCUUCCGGUGUCAUUGGAUAUUACCAAAUGCUGAAAAUGAAGAUAAUAUGGAGCCUGUUUCAGAGGGACCAAUUCCUUGGGUUACCAAAAACAGUGUAACGUUUGUAGCAGAGCAGGUCUCUCACCACCCUCCAAUUUCAGCGUUUUAUGCCGAGUGUUUUAGCAAGAGAAUACAAUUCAAUGCUCACAUCUGGACCAAGUCAAAAUUCUUAGGGAUGUCUAUUGGUGUUCAUAAUAUAGGGCAAGGUUGUGUGACAUGCCUAGAUUAUGAUGAGCACUAUAUUUUGACUUUCCCCAAUGGUUAUGGAAGAUCUAUUCUCACAGUGCCAUGGAUAGAACUGGGUGGAGAAUGCAGUAUUAGUUGCUCAAAAACAGGCUACAAUGCUAGUAUCAUCUUCCACACAAAACCUUUCUAUGGAGGAAAGAAACAUAGAAUUACAGCUGAAAUUUUUUCGCCUAAUGACAAGAAAUCCUUCUGCUCAAUUGAAGGUGAAUGGAAUGGUGUCAUGUAUGCAAAAUAUGCAACAGGGGAGAGUGUAGUCUUUAUAGAUACCAAGAAAAUGCCUACAAUUAAGAAGAAGGUGAAGAAACUGGAAGACCAAGAGGAAUAUGAAUCCCGCUGCCUAUGGAAAGAUGUAACUUACAACUUAAAAAUCAGAGACAUUGAUGCAGCCACAGAUGCAAAGCACAGACUGGAAGAAAGACAAAGAGCUGAAGCUAGAGCCAGAAAGGAGAAUGAGACAUCAUGGGAAACAAGGUUAUUCCAUGAAGAUGGAGAAUGUUGGGUUUAUGAUGAACCACUAUUGAAACGACUUGCUGCCACUAAACAUUAAGUGGUUAUAAAAACCUAAAACAUUCA